GCAUCGUCAAUGAAAAUACAGAAAAUAUGUACUGUAAUCUUGUGAAUUGAUGAUUUCAUGAAACAAGAGUUCUUCCAUUUGACAUGAACAAAUCGAAAUGAUUCGAAGCAAACGACUUCACUCGGCAUCAACGCCGGUUCAACAACAAACACCAUCGUUACUAACUUGUCAGUUUCUCAGCUAUACGGCAGAGAAUGAUAUUCAGUUUGUUGCCAUGGAACCACCAUCAAACAGUCUUGAACCGUCAUCUUUCGUUCCAUCAUCCUUGACCUAUUCCGGUUUAAUGAGUGAAUCGUUCCCCGCUUACGGAGGACCUUUCCAAGUGAUCGAGCCGGGAAGUGAUUUGUAUCUGGAGAUAGAUUCGGCGUUUUGCUUUGACUCGUCAGGAGCAGAUCAGCUUCCGCUUCAUCAACAGAGCGAUAACUUUUCUGAAAAUGGUAUUCCACAGCAAGUGCUGGAUGAUGUGUUCCGAAUGGAGGAUGAAAUGGAGGCUGACGGAGAGCUAUUGCCAAGUCAGUAUCCCGUCGCAGAUAAUUUAUCGAUGGCAGAUUAUGAGAUGCAACUGGUCGCCGAAAUGAACAAAUUGUUUCCUGAAGUUAGUACCACGCCUGUCGGUGCAACGAAUAGUCGGUUGAUGGAGGAACUAAUCAAGUAUGGAUCGUCGGAUAGUCCAUGUUAUAUGAAUGUUCAGUUGAAGUCCGAUGGAAUACGUAGUGGGCGAAACGUUCCGAAGUUGGACAUUCUUAAGCGGGACAAGGAGCGAGGCUUUCGAUGUGUGGAUAUGGUUGAUGGCAAUGGGAAAAUGUUUAAAGCUAAGUAUUACGAGCACAUAACGAUUCAGAAACAGCCAAAAUUGUUUUCUCCGGUUCCCGUUACGAAGCCUACUACCAAUCCGAUGCCAUAUCGCAGAAUAACCGAACUGCUUCGGUCUAAUCAGUUAGCAAACGUUAGUCCUUCCGUGGCUAACAAAAUCGAAAAGUUAGCGAACAAUAAUCGAAAUGUUACGCUUACGCCAAUCCGAGGCAGUACGUCCACCGGACGGCACAGUAUGAGUACUCCGGCGAAAAAUUCCACUACCAUUGUCAUCAAAGCUCCGAAAAGAACCAUCGCGCAUAAUGCGGACGCAGAGCCAACCCCACCAUCCGAACAUUUCCCUAUGCCAAUUAUCAAACAAGAACCGCCAGAUGAUCCACCGGUUGAACUGGAACUGCAGCAGCAGCUAAGCGUCAUAGAUUCCACACCGAUCGAAGUUCCGACUAUUACACCAAUGUCGACGAACAACACUGUCAGCAAGCAACCUCGGAAGCAAAAGCUUCAAUCACUAUCGCAGUGCGAUGUGAUUUUCAAUGAUUCGGCCAGUACGAGAACUGUUCCGAGGUUAACAUCCUCCUGCAACGAGGGACGAUCGGGACGUAUCGAGGGUUCUUUGAAGAUUCCGCCUCCGCGAGUCCGUACACCAAACGACUUCGUCACCGUGACGAUCAAAGGUGAGUUCGGAACGAACAUUGUUUCGGUUAGUGAAAUUAUUGAAACUGUUGUUGAACGGAACUAUCGUUCGUGAUGGUGAGAGGUUAACUUUUCACU